CAAAGCUACGGCGGAAGGUUCAAUUGUUGGUCAACCGUCGCGUGGAGUGGUAGCGCGUGAUAAGGCUCGCACGAUACCAGCGCGUGCCUUCGUUUCGCGAUCGGUGUCCAGUCGGAUAUUGAUGACACCGAGGUACGGUUGUAUCGCCGUGUGCUAAGACGUGCGAAGCUGGAUUCUCGUUAUCGGAAAUGCGUGCCUCUAAUCGCGACAGUGACGUGGUGAUUCGUUCGCCGUUGCGUUGUCGGCGUGAGUAGACGUAGGCCGUGUAAACGCAGUGACCGAAGCGGAAAACACCUUCCCUUUUUUUCUCUCUCUGUCUCGCCGCUUCCUUUCUAACGUUCGUUUGUGUACACGGAUAUUAAACACGAGCAUCGGUAGCUGUGAUCAAGCUGCGGAAGUGAAAUUGUUCCGUAGUCUUUCAUUCUCUGUGCGAUUUGUACGAGACUUGUGUGAUUUGACCAUAUCCACGAUCGGACCACUGGAGUUCCAGAUUAUCGGAGCAACUUUACGUUACUUUCGUUCAGUUGACAUAUUGUUUAACCGGCAGCGGCCAUGACGGCGGACAGGCUGUUCGAGACUACCAGCAUCCCAGGGCAUCUCGCUCCCACGCCCCAGAGACUAGAGAAGCUUCUCUCGAAACAGACCCUCGAGGAGCUGUACGAGGUCGAAGAACAACCUUUCGCACGGGGUAAAUACGCUACAGUGAGAAGAUGUCGGGAGAGGUCCAGUGGGAGGCAGUGGGCCGCGAAGUUCCUGAGGAAGAGGAGACGAGCACAGGAAUUGAAAGCGGAAGCGCUUCACGAAGUAGCGGUGCUGGAUGCCGCGGUGAAUUGUUCCCGGCUGGUAUCAUUGCACCAAGUGUUCGAGACCAAUACCGAGAUGGUCCUGGUUUUAGAAAUGGCUCCCGGUGGUGAGUUGCAAAUGAUAUUGGACAGAGACGAGGUUCCGGAAGAGCGACAGGUCGCCAGAUUACUGAAGCAGAUUUUAGACGGAAUAGCCUUUCUGCAUUCUUUGAACGUCGCUCAUCUUGACAUCAAGCCACAAAAUCUGGUCUUGACCGGCGAGUUCCCGGACUGCGAUGUGAAACUUUGCGACUUUGGUAUCUCGCGGUACAUCAGCCAUGGCGCAGACAUACGGGAGAUUCUGGGCACGCCCGAUUAUGUUGCUCCGGAGGUUUUGAACUAUGAGCCUAUCAGCUUGGCAACGGACAUGUGGUCCAUCGGGGUUCUGUUGUACGUACUGCUAACGGGAUGCUCCCCGUUCGGCGGUGACACGAAGCAGGAAACGUUCUGCAACAUUAGCCGAUGUCGCCUAGAUUUUCCCGACGACCUGUUCGAGGACGUAUCCGAGGAGGCUCGCGAUCUCAUGCGCAAACUGAUGGUCAAGGAUCCAAAUGAACGCCUGACAGUCACUGAAUGCUUGCAACACCCGUGGUUUACCCUGUUCAACGAUCCCCAGUCACCGUUGUCUACGCCCACCUGUCCAGCGUUGGAUCAGUCCCCUGUCAAAGACGCAUCGUCACCGGAAAUAAACUUAUCCACGAAAUCUAGUACAAAGCCGGAACAGCAAACUACAAUGUCUUCGACUCCAAAGAGCGAUUCUGAGAAACAAAGAUCGUCGAGCGUUUGUCAAGGCGUCGAAACGAAACCUGCGGCGAACAGAGCGGUUUCUUCGCACACGGAAAAUCUUUACUCGAAAUCAAAAUUGUCGUCCACUCCUGUCAGGAUCGGACUGAGAGACACGUUCAAAAGGAACAUGGAUUCCUUAGCGCAGAAGUUCUCUGGGGAGGUCGUGAUAAUCGAGCCGGUUACAUCGUCGGGGAUAGGCACAGUUUCCUCGAACGUGACGAGCAGUACGCAGAGGAGAGCAACUGCCACGCACACUAUGCCUGCCGGCGAGGUGUUCAAAUGUACGCCUGUGUUCAUCCUGGGAGAGGAUCAACACUGCAGCGACAGCGGAAGUGAUUCCGUAUCUGAGAUGUCGACGGACAGCUCGAGCGACCGAAGCAGUAUCUAUUCGGACGAUUCGUUGGAUUUUAUUCUCUAUGGGAAAAAUCAAAGCAGAGCCAGUUUCCCGUUCUCGGCUGCGGAGACCGCCUCCGAUAGAUGGGAACAGAGGCACCACUCGAGAGUUUGGCCCAGAGAGUGCACCGGUGUGGUGAGCAAAGCUCUCAGUCGUUUCACAUCGGAAACGUCGAACGCGAAAUUCGGGAAAAUGUCGACGCCGCCGACGGUCCACGGGAAAACUGGUCUGGAAGCGCUUCGCGAGAGAGGCGGCAAUCUGGUGGUGAUACGCGAGCCAGUCAGGGCUGGCAGAUACACCAGAUACAGCGAAGUACAGUGCGAAUCGGUCCAAGCCCGGAUUCGACGAUUUCAAAUUCACGGAGCAUCGUAGACGCGUGAUUCGUCUGCGUAGAGUUUGAGCAGCUUCAAAAUCCCGGACCCGCGAUUAUCUUAUAGAGUCGCAGAGUUCGUUGUACAUAUGUCUAUAGUUCCGUAUCGUAUGUGUUACGAGAAAUCGGUACCCGGUUGAUUGAAAUGCCAGACGAAUAAGGGGGAAUGGGUGAUGGCUGUAAAUACCUUGAGGAAGGCUAAAGAAGAGCACUAGGGUACUGAUCUUUCGUGACACGCGUUGUAAAUAGAACACUCGAACAAGCGAGAUUUCAGGAGCGUAAAGAACGAUCGAUCGAGUCGAAUUGACUGCUUGCGCAUCGCAAUCGGAAAGUUUCAAAGGGAGUUUAAAGUUUAAAGGUAACAAUCGAUCGAUUGUAUAUAGCAACGAUUAGAUGCAAGCGAGGUUUGAAAUGGGAGUUAGAGGCGCGUUGUCCGAGAGCACGAAAAUCAACGGUAUCAUAGAGGAUGACUUUGUCUAUGCGGCGUCUGUUACGUAAAUGACAAAUGUCAGGGAUAUGUCAGACUUAGAUCGGAAUUCUGAAGUGAUAGUAAAGGAUACAAUAGGUAAAUAGAGGAUCGAGUGACUCGAAGCCGAGCAGAUAGUUCGACUUGCUGAACCUAGCCAUAAUGUUAGAUCGGCCCUGAAUCGUCGUGAUAACGGUAAUUAAUAUUACCAAUGGGCUCUGUUCGAUGGAUCUCGCUAAAAUCUGAAUCCAGAUAACUUUGAGGCCUUUACCGUGUUCGUUUAAGAGACUCGUGUGCUCAUCCAGGAUAACUCGCAUGCCAUAUGCGAGGCUGCGAGCGUGAACGCGUUCACGUAAAUAAAUGUGUGCGAUACGGGGGAGACUGUCGCGUAUUGAUAUUUAUGCGCAUACGCGUGCACGCGCGACGAUCGCACACCCGCAGUAGUGCCUACUUUUGUUUGUCCCGUUCGUAUCUCGCCGCGGAAGUACGCAUCGCCAUGGUGCCCGAGAAAAAUGAUCGCGUGCGUUUGCGAGGAAGCGUGGUGAGAGAAUGGAUCGAUGCUUCUAAGAAGAGUCUGGUGACCGAGCAAACAAGAAACCUUUUGGAAUCGCAAUAGUGCCUUACAAUAUUUUAUAACAAUAGUCGUACGGACGAUUUUUACCAAUCGCACCGUCGAUCGAUCGAAAUUGAGAGCCUAGACUAGCUUUAGGCGUCUCCAAUUCUUCUCGUUGAAUCGAUAGCGUCUCUCCAGGGUCGGUUCGUUGCCUUAGAUCAAUUGACAUUAGAACACCGCGAAUAUCGCGUUACACCACCGAAAGAAAAGUUUUACCCUUCUUCCUCCUCAUCCUCCUUCCUUUCUGCGCCCACCCUGUACCGUCUAAGAUUUAUCGCAUCUCAAUUAAUCGCGGAGCAACUGCCGUUAGUACUAAAUCGAUGCUUUAAGCGUGAAAGAGCAUAUCUACAUGUAUAUCCGGGGACGAGUUUCGUUCGUCACGAAUGGAAUGAUCAAGAGUUGCUCACUCAUCGAAUAAAAUCACGAUCUUCUUAGCUCCGUGCGAAUUAUCAUACGAAUAUACAUAUACGUACAGUUUUACUUAUUGUUAGCUAGAAUCAAAGGACGAACGCUGAAAAUCUCGUGGAGCGUUGACUUCCACAGUGGGAAUGGAGCGCUCCGUAAAUACUAGUCAUACAAAUCGCUCGUCCUCUUGUUCGAACUCGUUCGUUUCGUUUUUGCUGUUUUACUCAACAGCAAAACCCAGCAAAAUGUGCCUUUACAAAUUAUUAAAGUGGAAAUGGUGGAAUGAAACGCGAAGAUUCGAGGAGGAGGGACGAGUGCGGAAACGGAAUGAUACCGUACGUUGACGAUGUGAAAAAUAAACUUAUGCAGCGAAUUAGUGGAAAAGAAAGAGGAAAUGGUAAGCGUUGAUCGAAUAACGGAUAACUAUGCGUCGUCAUUUCGUAGAAUCGAACCUCGUAGAUCGAGGAAUUGCUAUCGAAUUUUUCUGACUCCACGAACGAUUACUGUCGAGAGCGUUCGUCCGCUGAAAUUCCAAAACGCACACGGAGACACGUCGACGCACGAACGUUUAAGGUUCACCCAUUCAACAACACUGCACACGUCAGCGAUAUUGAGUUAGCAUCGGCAGACUCACGUUGAAUAUUUUUCUAAGCCGCGGUUCUACGUCUUUUCUAAUAUUUUACAGUGACGCAACACAUACUUUUAUAA